UCCAGCCGCCGGCGCUCGCUUGCUCCUGUCUGGCGGCGGCAGCAUGGCGGCGGGGGCGGCUGAUACGGCCGCGGCGGCGGCCGUGGUGGAGAUCGGCUCAGCCGGGCAGUUUGAGGAUCUGCUGCGUCUCAAAGCCAGGUCCCUCCUUGUGGUCCAUUUCUGGGCACCCUGGGCUCCUCAGUGUACGCAGAUGAAUGAUGUGAUGGCAGAGUUAGCUAAAGAGCACCCUCAAGUUUCGUUUGUGAAGUUGGAAGCUGAAGCUGUUCCAGAAGUAUCUGAAAAAUAUGAAAUUAGUUCUGUCCCCACCUUUCUGUUUUUCAAGAAUUCUCAGAAAAUCGACCGAUUAGAUGGUGCACAUGCCCCAGAGUUGACCAAGAAAGUCCAGCGACACGGGUCUAGUGCUUCCUUCCCGCCCAGUGCUAACGAGCAUGUGAAAGAAGAUCUCAGCCUCCGCCUGAAGAAGUUGACCCACGCUGCGCCCUGCAUGCUGUUCAUGAAGGGCACUCCGCAGGAACCACGGUGUGGUUUCAGCAAGCAGAUGGUGGAAAUUCUUCACAAACAUAAUAUCCAGUUUAGCAGUUUUGAUAUCCUCUCAGAUGAAGAGGUCCGGCAGGGGCUCAAAGCCUACUCCAACUGGCCUACCUAUCCUCAGUUCUAUGUUUCCGGAGAGCUCAUAGGAGGACUUGAUAUAAUUAAGGAGCUAGAAGCAUCUGAAGAACUAGGUACGAUUUGUCCCAAAGCUCCCAAAUUAGAGGAAAGGCUUAAAGUGCUGACAAAUAAAGCUUCUGUGAUGCUCUUUAUGAAAGGAAACAAACAGGAAGCAAAAUGUGGAUUCAGCAAACAAAUUCUGGAAAUAUUAAAUACUACUGGGGUCGAAUAUGAAACGUUUGAUAUAUUGGAGGAUGAAGAAGUUCGGCAAGGAUUGAAAACUUUCUCAAACUGGCCGACAUAUCCCCAGCUGUAUGUGAAAGGGGAGCUUGUUGGAGGAUUGGAUAUUGUUAAGGAAUUGAAAGAAAACGGUGAAUUGCUGCCUAUACUGAGAGGAGAAAAUUAAACUUGGUGUCGACUCUUGCAGGAACGAUCACAGUGGGAGCAGGUCAUGAUUCCGUCCUCAGAAAAUGGACCAGGGACAGAAAAAGUGCUUCUUACCCAGUUACACUCUGUGUAUUUCACAAGGUUGUGCUAAAUAAAUGUAUGUUAUGUUUUUUUCCCACCAAAAAUAAAAUGCAAUAAACAUCUUCAAAUUAUUAACA